AUGUCCAAAACCGAUCAAUUCCGCGAGGUAUUGAAUACCGACAUCAGGACUCCUAUUCCCGAGGAGCUCGUAACCAGGAUCUCAUCCCUGCCGCCAUUUAUCCCUAUACCGGGUGUCUCCAACUUUCGCGAUCUGAGCCAUGAUAACAACAAAGUACGUCCGGGAUUCGUGUAUCGUUCGGGAAACCUGUCAAACAUCUUCGGUUCUGGGAAAUCCAUCAUCGCAACCGAAUUGGGAAUCACCACAAUUUUCGACCUCCGGAAUGAAGGCGAGCGGCAAAGAGCCCCUUCACCCUCUAUCCCAGGAGUCGAGACGAUAUGGCUACCAUACGGAGAUCGACCGGCCACUUUGAAUCUCCGCGAUUUUGCGGGCGAAGACAAGGGCGCCCAAGGGUUCGUGAAGAUGUACUUCGGGAUCCUCGAAGCGGCUGUCCCAUGUCUCACCGAGAUAUUCAAGCAUAUCAGAGAUAACCCAGACGACCCGUUCAUCGUCCAUUGCUCAGCCGGUAAGGACCGAACGGGUGUUUUCGCCUCUCUUGUACUCCUCCUAAUCAAUCGACCCCAUGAGGAUAUUAUCAACGAUUAUAUCCUCACUCGAGUUGUAAUGGAAGGCGCCAGGGAUAACCUCAUGGAGGCAUUCGCGGUAAACACAGAAACCGGUGAAGCCGACUUCAGCCAGUUGAGCCCCGAGGCACUGGGUAUGCUUGAAAUGUGUGGUGCUCGAGCCAGCUCUAUGGAGGCUUUCCUGGUAUCAUUUGAGAAUUCCUAUAAAAAUGGUGUCGAGGACUAUCUCAUGGAUAAACUUGAGUUCUCACAGAGUGAUCUAUCGACAAUGCGUAAGAACCUGACCUAG